GAGGUCACGUGAUGGUGCGCGGGGCGGCGGGCGCAGGCGCAGAUCUUGGGUAGUUGGGUCAGCUGACCCGAGGGGCGAUAGAGCCAAUCUAGGCCUGUCUGUGGCGUGUCGGAAACGCCGCCGCAGCUAUGGCUAGUCAGUCGCAGGGAAUCCAGCAGCUGCUCCAGGCCGAGAAGCGGGCCGCCGAGAAGGUGUCCGAGGCCCGCAAGCGAAAGAACCGGAGGCUGAAGCAGGCCAAAGAAGAAGCCCAGGCUGAAAUUGAACAGUACCGCCUGCAGAGGGAGAAGGAAUUCAAGGCCAAGGAAGCUGCGGCUCUGGGAUCCCACGGCAGUUGCAGCACUGAAGUGGAGAAGGACACCCAGGAGAAGAUGACCAUCCUUCAGACCUACUUCCGGCAGAACAGGGAUGAAGUCCUGGAUAACCUCUUGGCCUUUGUCUGUGACAUCCGGCCAGAAAUCCAUGAGAAUUACCGCAUAAACGGAUAGGGGAAGAGCAAAAGCGCUGUGCUGUGGAUUGGCAUUUUAGAUGCCUUCAUAGAAUAUGAGGCUUCAACAAGGCUUGGGUUAUAUUCUUGUGAAAAGGCAUUAAAUUAUUUCUGUAUAUUAUAUAAUAGGUCCCUUCACUUUUUGCAGAAUAGCAAUCAUAGUUUCUUUGUACAAACUUAUGGCCUAUCCAAAGAUUUUAUCUUUUUACCUCACAUUUCUUAGAAACUUAAUGGGUAUAUAUUGUCUGUUUUCCUGUGCCUUUUCGCUCGAGUGGCAUAUUAUGAACACUGACUUUUUCUUUCUUAGAUAUAGUUUUGUUUUUUCUUUUAAUUUUAUGUCAUAGCUUUAUGUUGCAACUCUACUUGUUCAAAAGUUAGAUCAUGAAGGUUCCUUCCUAUGACCUUAGAUAUAGUUUAAAAAAAAACAAUUUUCUUAAGAAAGAAAGGGAUUAAAUUUUUUUUUUUUUUCCCUAACUCUUUCUUGAAGGUCAGGGGCUUUAUCUAUGAAAAAGUAGUAAAUAGUUACUUGUAACCUAUGUGAACAGCCAGCCUUAAAAUAGUCCUUUCCGGCUAAGAGUUAGAACAGUGGGGACUAGUAUUGGGCUGCUUUUGGUUUCUCUUAUUUAAAAUUACUAGAUGAUAGAAUUCAAGAACUUGUUGCAUGUCACUACUUGGUGUACUGAUACUGUACGAAUAAUCAUUUAAAAGUCAA